AUGGCCACAACUCAGCAUGGAAAGCGCUUGAUCCCCCAGGUCCUGGACGAGAUCGCCAAGUCAGACCCCAACGCCGAAAUCCUCUCAGUCCCUCGCUCGUCCGACCCCAAGGAUGGAUGGAAGAAGAUCACAUACAAGCAGGUUGCCAACGCGGUGAACCGCAUAGCGCAAAGAAUCAUCGACAAGAGCGGCAAGCCUGAGCCUGGAUCCUUUCCCACGCUUGCCUAUAUUGCGCCCAGCGAUGUGCGCUAUUUGAUCAUCACCAUUGCCUGUAUCAAGGCGGGCUACAAGGCGCUUUUGAUCUCUCCUAGGAAUUCCUUCGAGGGCCAGAUCAACCUCUUCGAGAAGACUGACUGCAACACAAUCUGCUUCGACUCCUCGUUCAAGGAUGUCGUCCAGCCCCUCCUGGAAGAACGUCACAUGCAAGCCGUCAUGAUUAACUCGCUCGAUGACUGGCUUGACGAAACCGAAGUCCCUCACAUCCCCUAUACCAAGACUUUCGAGGAGGCCAAGAUGGACCCCGUCGUUGUCCUGCACACGAGCGGUAGUACCGGCCUGCCCAAGCCCAUUGUUGCACGCGUCGGCAUGGUUGCCGCCGGCGACGCCUUCCAAGACCUCCCGGACUUCAUGGGCUCCAUCAACUGCAUUAGAUCCAUUAUGCUCGGCGAGCGGGUAUACUUACCGAUGCCACUGUUUCACGCCGCUGGCUGCUACAUGAUGCUGUUUGCUGUCAUUUACUGGAAGCACCCUAUCGCACUCAACUUUACCGACCGUCCUCUAACUGCCCAGACGGUGCUGGAUGCGGUGGCAUACGCCAACAUUGACAAUGCUAUCCUGCCGCCUGCCAUCUUGGAAGAGCUGGCUUACAUGCCUGAAGGCAUCGAGGCGUUGAAGAAGCUGAAGCGGGUGAACUUUGGCGGUGGUAACUUGGCUCGCGAAGCCGGCAACAUUCUCGUCAAGCACGGUGUGUCUCUUGCUAGUGUUAUCGCUUUCACCGAGGCCGCGCCUUUGACUUACUACUUCCAGAAGAACCUGGACCUCUGGCAGUGGUUCAUUGUCGAUUCGGAGCGCAUGGGUAUCGACUGGCGCCCCGCCAGUGGCGAGGACGAAGGCGUCUACGAACAAGUCAUCGUCCGCAAGGACAAGGACACGGAGGACCCUUUCCAGGGCAUCUUCUACACCUUCCCCGACGCCAAGGAAUACAACACGAAGGACCUAUACCGCAAACACCCGACCCUGCCGAACCACUGGACGUACUAUGGACGCUCCGACAACAUCAUCGUCUUCUCCAACGGCGAGAAGCUGAACCCCGUCACCAUCGAGGAACUCGUUACCGGCCACCCGAGAGUCAAGGGUGCCGUGGUUGCCGGAGCAAUGCGCUUCCAGCCAUUCCUCAUCCUCGAGCCUGUGGAGGAGCUCAAGUCGGAGGAGGAGAAGGAGCAAUUCAUCAAAGACGUCUGGCCCUCGGUUGUCAAGGCGAACAAGGAAACAGUCGCCCACGGACAAAUCGGCCCCCAGUUCAUUGGAAUCACAUCGCCCGACAAACCCUUCCCUCGCGCUGGAAAGGGUACCAUCCAACGCCCCAUGGCUUUGAAGCUGUACAAGGAUGAGCUUGACGAGUGGUACAAGAAGGCCGAGGAAGGCUCCGACUCCCUCUCGGUCAGCAUCGACCUCAGCUCCCAGCAGGCCCUGACCGAGUCCGUGGAGAGGCUCUUCCAGCAGACGCUCGGCAGCAGACCACUUUCUGCCGACUCCGACUUCUUCAGCGCCGGCAUCGACUCCAUGCAGGUGAUCAACGCCUCCCGUCUGCUCCGCCGCGGGCUCGAAGCCGCCGGUGCCAACAUCAGCGCCGACGCCAUCGCCACCAGGGUCAUUUACGCUCAUCCGACCCCCAGACAGCUGGCUGCCUACCUCUUGGAUCGCGUGAGGAAGGGCACCGGCGUGAACGGCACCGCGUCUGAAGAUGACUCCAUCAGCCCCGAGCACGACAUCCACGCCAUGGAGGCUCAGCUGCAAAAGUACACCCGCGAUCUGCCCAGGAGACAGGAGAACAAGCCCGCACCAAAGGACAAGGGCCAGACUGUUCUCAUCACCGGCACCACCGGUGCUCUGGGCUCGUACAUGCUCGACUUCAUGGAGGCCAACCCCGCCGUCGACAAGAUUGUCUGCCUGAACCGCAGCGAGGACAGUGGCAAGCGCCAGGUCAAGAUGAGCGCCGAGCGCGGCCUCGCCACUUGUUGGAAGAAGGCCGAGUUCCUCUGCGCCGACAUGUCCAAGAGCGACUUUGGCCUCGAGCCCGAGGUGUACCAGAGGCUUCUCAAGGAGGCCGACCGCGUCAUCCACAAUGCCUGGCCCGUCAACUUCAACAUCUCCGUCGAGACCUUUGAGCCUCACAUCCGUGGUGUCCGUCACUGGGUCGACUUCUCCCACCAGGCAGCCAAGAACGUGCCCAUCAUCUUCAUCAGCAGCAUCGGCACCGUCGACUCGUGGCACGGCCCGGGCCCCGUUCCCGAGAAGAGGCUCAUGGAUCUGACCCUCCCCAGCACCGGCUACGGCCGGUCCAAGAUGGUCAGCUCUCUGAUCCUCGACGAGGCGGCCCAGCGCUCCGGCGUACCGACCGCCGUCGUCCGCGUCGGCCAGGUCGCCGGCCCCCAGUCCGAGGCCGGAGUCUGGAACCGCCAGGAGUGGCUGCCGACCAUCAUUGCCAGCUCGGCCUAUCUCGGCCUGUUGCCCAAGGACCUCGGCGCGAUGGACAUGGUCAACUGGACCCCCAUCGAGGGCAUCGCCAACCUCAUCCUCGAAGUGUCCGGCAUUUCCGAGCCCGUGCCCCUGCACGAGAUCUCUGGCUACUUCCACGGCGUCAACCCCCGCACGGUCGAGUGGGAGAAGCUCGCCGACGCGGUCAAGUCCUUCUACGGCGACGACCGCAUCAAGAAGGUCGUCCCCUUCUCGGAGUGGGUCAGGGCUCUGGAGGACAGCACCGUCUCCAGCAACGACGUCGACAAGAACCCCGGCGUGAAGCUGCUUGAUUUCUACCAGGGCCUGGCCCACGGCGGCGGAAAGGGCGUCGACUUCUCCAUGGAACGCACCGUCCAGCACAGCAAGACGAUGAAGGAGAUGCGGGCCGUGACUCCCGAGCUGAUGCAGAACUGUGAAGACGCCUCUCCAAGUAUGACGCCCAAGACGUACGAGAGCUAUGAGUACCAGGCCCUCUCGGCAACCGACUCGGUUCGUCUUCUCCGGAUAUCAAGAGACGACGAGCAGCCCCACGGCAUGCUCCUCUCCCUCACGGAAGCCUCCCUCGCCGACGACCCGCACUUCGCGGCGCUGUCGUAUACCUGGCAGCUCCCGCAGUACGACGACACUCGGGAGGGGAGAGCCAGCCGAGGGCUCGGGGAAACGUACGAAGUGGUCUGCGACGGGAAGAUGAUGGCCAUCUCCGAGAACCUGUUCGGUUUCCUCCGCGCCGUGCUCCACGCCCGCGCCGGCGACUCGCGUGUGACCAGGUCGAAGCUCACGGCCAAGGUCCACGGCUUCCUCGACGCCCUGCCGGUAUGGAUCGACGCGUUCUGCAUCAACCAGGGCGACAACGAGGAGAAGCGGCACCAGGUUCUCCUCAUGCACAGGAUAUACAGCUCGGCGCAAAAGGUCAUUGUGUGGUUGGGCCCGACGGAGCCGGAUCCGGACGUCGUCUGGGUCCACGACAAGUUCAUCCCCGCCAUCUCCCGGCUCACGCAACGGCGGCUGCCGGGUUUCGUAGAAACCCACCUCAAGAGCGAUCCCGUGUGCAGCUCGCCCGAGGUCGUGGCGGAGCUGGGGUCCGAGAUUUGCUUCCGUUGGACCUCGGCGUGGAUGGCUUUCAACAUGUUCAUCUACGGCCAGCGCUGGUUCGACCGCGGAUGGGUGGUCCAGGAAGUCGCGCUGGCGGACCCGGCCGUGGUCUACGUCCUCUGCGGGAGGUCGACCUUCAGCUGGAAGCGUCUGACGGCGUUUGCCCAGUUCCUCGGGGAGACGGGAUGGAACGAUUCUCUCCUGGAACGGCUGCAAAACACCGGCGAACGGUACCCCUAUCCGUCCAACAGGAAAAAGAUGGAGGACAUGGCCAACGUCAGUGACAGGCUGCUCAAAAUGAGCCAGGCCCGUCGGACGCUCGCCGAGGUCGCGAAGCAGACGGGCUUGCUCGAGGAGCAUGCCGUCUUCUCGUGGAAUAGAGAAGUCGAACAGGCGUGGUUCACGUGCGCCAACGUUCUCGUCCACUCGCUCCGCUCCUCGGAUUUCCAGGACAAACGCGACCACAUAUACGGCUGUCUGGGCAUGCUCGCCAUCCUCCUACCUCAUAGCUUCCCAAGCCCCAUCGCCCCGGACUAUGAUCAUUCGGUACCACAAGUGUUCGCUUCCGCCGCAGCUCUGUUCCUCAGGAACAUGCCCAUGCUGAUGGAGCUGUCGCGGGCCGGCAGGCGAGCUGUUCGAUACAUCAUCGGCCUGCCCUCCGUAGCCAACUCCCUCCAGAGUCAGGGUUUCGAUAUGGAGAAUCGCUUAAUGGAGUUCGCCUUGGACGUAGCCAACUCAGUCAACCCUCUGCUGCACGGCAUUUUCUGGAACGGGUUGGCAUCUGUGGUCCUCACCAUGGGGACGCCAAACCCGAGUCGGUUCUUUCCUUACCAGGACGUCCGGUUUGCUGGGGGAGAUUUGUCGGAUGUCGUAUGUGCAGAAUUCGCAGAAAGAUAUCUGUAUACAACUGACUCGGGCGCUCUCGGUCUUGGUCCUCGCGAGGUGGAGGUAGGCGAUGAGAUAUGGAUGGUCGAAGGCGCCUGGGCGCCCUUCGUCCUGCGCAGGGUUAAGCCCAAGCCCGAGGAUAAAUGCGCUACAACUGAAGAUGAUGAAUCUAGCACUGAGAUGUACGAAUUCGUGGGAGAGACCGAUUUACAAGGUUUCGACAUCCAGAAUAACGACUUUGCAACUCUAGAGCAACGAGUCUACUUCCAACAAAUCGAAUUAGUAUGA